CACACUGCAGAGCUCUCCUCUCCAGACACUGGGAGGGAAGCAGAGAUGUUGGGGGAAGAGCUGUGGAGGUGGGGAGAGAUUGAGCUAUCAUUAGCAUGGGACUAGUGAGGUUUCUUUGCACCAAACCACUAAGCAGUAGCUAUCAAAAUUGAGUGCAGUAUGCUGAACAGCUGAGCAAGGGAGCAGAGAUUGAAAGGAGCCUGUGAAGAAAAGGGAUUUAAGAGGAAAAAACCCUCUUUCAGCUGCACACGGGCACUGUCCAACACAAGAGAGCUGUGCCAGGGAGUAGGAAUUGCCUGUUUAUGGUGAUUGAUCUGCGCAGCCCCUGGGAUGCUUGGAAAAAGGAUUAAGGAGGAGAGAAUUGCAGGAGAAGGAGGAGGUGGAGGUUUACCUUUGAAAACUCACAGGCUAAUAGAAUCCAUCCUCUAAAUUGUCAGUGUGUCAGGAUACAUUAAUAUUCCAGUGAUGGUAGGAUCAGCCUGAGAUGAGCUAUCCGUAGGUGGGGCUGGGCCUUGUUCCCAGGGCUCCCUGCCCCAUUGCAAUGAGGAGCCAUCUGCCAGCCUAACAGAAAGAUUUUUGUGGUGGUGGUGUUUUUUUUUUUCUUUCAAACCUCGUGAAAUUUCAUGUGACGGCAGAGCCGCUUCCUGCCCCCUCCUUGUGCCACCUUGCAGCCAGGACUUGGUGGUGGAGGGCCACCACCAUGGCGGCGAAGCAGCCCCCGCCGCUGAUGAAGAAGCACAGCCAGACAGACCUGGUGAGCAGGCUGAAGACACGCAAGAUCCUGGGGGUCGGCGGGGAGGAUGACGACGGCGAGGUCCAUCGCUCAAAGAUUAGCCAAGUACUGGGAAAUGAAAUAAAAUUUGCUGUUCGGGAACCACUGGGGCUCAGGGUCUGGCAGCUGGUUUCCGCCGUCAUGUUUUCUGGGGUCGCCAUCAUGGCCCUCGCUUUCCCAGACCAGCUCUUUAAUGCCAUCUUCGAGGAGGAAUCGGUGAGCAGCAAGACUCCCAUCCGGCUCUAUGGAGGAGCCCUCCUCAGCAUCGCGCUCAUCCUGUGGAACGCCCUGUACACUGCCGAGAAGGCCAUCAUCCGCUGGAGCCUGCUGGCCGAGGCAUGCUACUUCGCCGUGCAGUUCCUGGUUACCACUGUCUCCCUUGCUGAGAGUAGCCGGAUAGCCACGGGUGCCGUGCUCCUCCUGGUCAGCCGAGCCCUCUUCAUUAUCAUCAGCAUUUAUUAUUAUUACCAAGUUGGACGUCGUCCCAAGAAAGUCUAAUUCCUGGGCUUUUUUGUUAUGGGAAGGGUGGGAGGGGGGAGUUUGUGUCGGUAAUUUUGCAUUAUAAUUAUAACUUUUUUUUUUAGUUUUUAAUUAGUCUCUUUUGGUUCUAAAGUAGUUUCCUUCUUUACCGGCAUGAAUCAGUGUGCAACCCGGUGCUGGUAGCACUGCCAGCUGAAAUGGGGGGGAGCAGCAUCAGGUGGGACCCCCCAGCCUCUCUGCAGGAGGUGAGGAGUAGCAGGAGGAAGGCUCAGGGAAGUGUGUAGGCCUGGCAGGCUCAGGGAAAAAAAGGCCAGUUUUCUGGGAGGAACUGGCCAAUUGGAUCACAGGCUCUGAACUCGAUGGAACAAAGCACAAAAUAAGGCCAGCAUAUUGAAACCAAAUCCCUGAGGAGACAGGGCAGUAAGACAACCAAUGAAGGACUCAGCUACUCUACUUGGUAAGCCUUGCACCUGCCUGAUGGAGUGUAUGCCCACGUGUACAGCCUGUUCCCCUUUUAGCAAGUACUGACUGUCUGGGUAGCUGGGGGCUGGAUGGGGUCAAACUCAGUGCUUUACAAACAGCUCUUCUUUCCUUGCUGCCAGAGGUGCAUUUUUGUGUAGUUUAUAGUUUUGCACCAGGUGCUGUGCAGAGCUUGGCAGGAGAUAUACCAAAAGAAGAGGGAGAACCCUUGCGUGUUCCCACUAAAGGGACAACACUGGGAACAGUGGAGCAGCUUGAACUACAAGAUGGGAGAAGUGAAGGAAGCUAUUGGAAAUAGCCCAUUGAGCACAAAGACAUCCCCUUGUUUGUGUUUCAUGAAGUUUGUAGGCUGGGGUCCUAUCCCCUUCACCCUGAAACAGUUCCUGCAGUUGCAGCUUUACUGAUGGUAGUAGCAGAGGUGGGUGUGAGGUCACAUCUAAUGUUUUAGUUAAGCAGGGGCUGGAAUGCCAUUGAGGCUAGCACUAGUAAGAGCAGAGCAAGCAUCAGUCCAGAUGCUUGGGUCAGGGAGCAACCUCUAGAGAUGGCUGUGGGAGAUGGUGUUCCAACUCUGCUGAUAUGCAGGUAUCACAUCUCUUCUGACCUGGAGAAGAGAGGACCAAAGUUUGUAGCAUUAAGAUAUUUAACUGGGAUGAAGAACAGCAAGGAGUGGAGCAUAUGAAGGCAUCAUUGCCUUUUCUGGUUCUGUCAAGGCCGGAUUUUAGUACUUCAGUGCUCACCGGGCAGUUUCUUCAACACCUCCUGGGCUUUAACAGCGUUGGCUGCCCUACUUCCUAGCGCUUUCCUUGUGGGUUAUGCUUGUCCACAAUGAGAGGUGGCAGUUUAUUCUCUGUGGGACUAAAGCCAGAAGGUCUGUGUACAGGAUAUGGACUUCUUACUCAUGCACUACUGUUGACUGGAUCAGAGCAUGCCCUGUAAUAGAGCUGAUGUUCCAAAAUCCCAGUAGAAAGAUGCCUACGCAAACAGAACUGCUUGUGUGAACAACAACCCUCAAGCUACUGGUGAGACUGGGAUCUAUGGCUAUUGCUAUUUAAUAUCUUAGUAGAGUUAGAAGAAGGUAGUGGGUAGUAAAUUGUAUGUUGUGUUAGUGCUUUUGGCAUUUAGAAGCAGCUACAUAAGCUUGGGACACUGUGUGCAUUGUACUUACUGGCCAUGCAAAAUGCCUAUCAGGUAAGAAUAUUGGAAACAUCACAACUAUAACUUAGUUUCUUACCUAAGAAGUAGAUCAAGUGGAGAGGCAACAUCCAACAGCAGGCUAAAUUCUGGAGCCUCCCAAGAACACACACUUGUCAAGCUGCUUUCAGCAUGUCAAAAAAUUAUACUGAGCAACUAAAACUUUUAAUUAAGAGGAGUGUUCCUGUUCAGGUGGAAGAAUUGGGCUCUCAGAGGGAAACCUUUACCUGUGAGGCAGGUAAUGAUCAAAUGCAGCCUGGAGAGUAUCAGAAAUUAGACCAAGUGGUGCUAUGUACAGGAGCAGGAGCAUGGCAAGCUGUGGCUGUUGCUCUCACCCUGUGCAUCACCUGCAUGGGCAGCUGCAAUGGCCUCAGUGUGGCACUUUGGCUGUAGUUGUUGGUAUAGGUACGUGAAGCUUGAUUCUUUGUGUUUUGGGGCGUCACAUGAAUGUAUACACAGAUUGAUGGUUGGUUUUGGGGGGGGGAAAUUAUGUUUCUGGGACAGACAAGUAAAACCACAGCAAAAGCAAUCUUGCAGAAGAAGGAAAUGGAGGGUCUUCUUAAUGCUGCCUCCCAUCUGUGUUGGCCACAGGUCCUAUGAACUUAGUUAGGACUCUGGUUUGAUUAGUGUAUCUUAAAAUAUCAUCCCGUAAGUGACAGAAAUGAGUUAGUGUGUUCUGUGAGAGAAGUUCUCCAAAGACUUCUUGAUGGUUAAAUCAGGUGUGGGAGGGUGGGGGAAGCAGUUACAGCUUUCCAGAGUAGCUUUAAAUUAGGUGAGAUCAGAUUCCUCUGGUCCCCUGUUAGUAGCUGCCUCUGCAAAACUUGAAAUAAUCAGCCACUUCUAGGUUUGCCAGUUAACUGGGGGAGUAGCCACUUAAAAGAUUUCAUACUACUUGGUACCUAGUCCUUAAAGUGGAGAGAUGAAAGAAGUUGUUUUAUUUUGAUGCUUCUUGCUCCAUCUUGCUAUCAAGGGACCAUGUAGAAAUCAUGGAAAUGGACUGGGGCUUUACACCUCUUCUACAACUAAGUUAUGGUCCCUGGCACAUCCCUUCUCAUCAGCAAAGUGUGGCAGGAGAAACAUGACCAGGCCCGUUGGAGGUGGUGAAUGGGUAGCAGGGGAGGUCUAAGAGGGUGUUUCUCAGGGUGGCUUGAGGAUGAAGCCCAGGCAGAGCAUCUGCAGCACUGCCAGAAACCCACUGAACCUGGUUGUCUUCACUCUUUUAUGAAUGAGGGAGAAGGAAGGAGGAUGCCAAAAAAUUUUGUACAGAAUAGUGUCCCUAAUAACAGAAGUGCUGGCAUCAUAGCUAAGCAUGGCAGUUGAGCACAUAAUUUGGGAUCAAAAGCCUGAGGCAUCACCUCAGGCUCUGCUACUGAUCUGAGAAAAAAAACUGUCUCCACAGGCCUCAGUUUCCUUAUCUGUUUAUACUGUGAGAGAGGCCUUGGACUGGUGUCAUUCCCAAGGGAGACUGCAGUGAAGUACCUGUAUUUGUACAAUGCUGUGCAGGGCUGGGAGCCUGUUCUCCAGAGGGUUGUGCUCCAAGCAGGCACAGGCCAGGACUUAAGGCUGACCCCCUUUCUCUGCCAGGGAUGAACCCAAACCCUUGCAUUCGCAGAACCCUCACUUUGGAGGGUGAAGAAAGCUCAUCACUCACAUAACUCCCUACAUCACCGUAUUUAUGCCUAACCGGUAUCUGGCAAACUGGAGCUGGUGACAAAGGAGAGGCUCUGUCUGUCCUAAUCUGGCCUCUCCUUUCUGAUCAAGGGUUUUUACUUGGGGGGGUGGGGGCGGAGGGGUGGUGCAGGGGAGAAUGGGACACUUCAAUUUAUACCUCAUUUUAGCUGCUGUACUUGAGUUUAUUUCUCCUAUGGUAAGAAAGUGACUGUACUGAACACCAAGCAAAUAGUGAAAAUUAAAGCUGUUUCACUUCACUGUCA